CCCCUGAAGAGCAGCUGGAGAGCAGUCCUAGCCCUGCCUGUGCUAGGCAGAGCACAAACAGCCACUCCACUUGCUUUAGCCUAGAACCACCCCCCCAAAAUCCCGGAGGUAUCCUGGUGCUUGAACUGAUUUUCCAGAGGCAGAAUGGACAUCAAGGAAUAUUUUGCCAGAAUUUCUUACCGGGGCUCCCACAAUAAGCCAGACCUGGGUACCAUGUCAGAUAUAUUCCAGCACCACAUCCAAGCUGUCCCUUUUGAAAACCUCAGCAUCCACUGUGGGGAAACGAUUGAGCUGGACCUGGAAGCGACCUACAACAAGAUAGUGAGGAAGAAACGUGGGGGCUGGUGCAUGGAAAACAACUACCUUUUGUCUUGGGUCCUGAAAACUCUGGGCUAUGACGUCACCCUUCUGGGAGCAAAAGUUUUUGUUCCGGAGCACGACGCCUACCCAGAGGAAAUAGAUCAUCUGCUGCUAAAAGUGGUGCUUGAUGGCAAAUCCUACAUCGUGGAUGGGGGGUUUGGGAUGGCCUACCAGCUGUGGCAGCCAAUGGAGCUGAUUUCAGGGACAGAUCAGCCGCAGACUCCCGGGGUCUUUCGCUUCCUGGAGGAGAGCGGGACCUGGUACCUCGAGAAGGUGAAAAGGAAGCAGUGGGUUUCCAACCAUGGUGCCUCCACUUCCCAUAAAGUGGAAGAUGAAGUCUGCCGUCGGAUUUACCUCUUUACCCUUCAGCCACGAGACAUUGAAGAGUUCAGAGGCUGCAAUGCCCACCUGCAGACAGCGCCCGACUCGCUCUUUGUGACCAAGUCUAUCUGCAGCCUGCAGACUGCCGACGGCAUCCGGGCACUGGUGGGGUGGAAACUCACUGAGAUGAAGUACAAUUAUAGGGACAAUAUGGAUCUUGUGGAAAUCAGAAUGCUUGCAGAUGAAGAAAUAGAGAAAACACUGAAAGAGAAAUUCAAUAUAACGCUAGACAAGAAAUUUGUACCCGUCAAUACAAGCAGGUUGUCUCUGUUCUAA